UUAGGACAGUUCGCCCAGUUCCUGUUAUACUGCGUACCUGUCGGUCACGCCGUAGUUUGCGGAACUCCCAAUCACCGUAAUUACCCGUUCUAGAACGGUUAUUAACGGAUUUCUUUCGAAUCGCGUCUUGCCAAGGAGUGUAUCACCAUCUUUGGGUUGUUGUGAUUUUAGAUUUUGACUUUGUUUCGCGUUGGAAGAGAAGAAUUUCCGAAUCGCGGAGAGCUGAGGUUGUUGUGAGGAUGAAGCCGCGGCAACUCGGCCGUGUGUUGAUGGUAGCGGCGUUCCUGCUUCACGUGAUGGUGGCCAUGCAGCAGGGGCAGAUCUUCCUGUCGGAGGAGGGAGUCAUUCGUGCCGUCCUGGACUCGGACGGCUUCGUCACAGAGAACGGGAACUUGCGCGUUCAUCAGGUGACUAGCCCCGACACCAUGGUGGUGGCGACCACUGCGGGAGGAGGCGAGUCCGGCCCCGUCAGGCUGGUGUGGUGCACCGUGGUCCGCGGGCAGGCUCGGGAGGACAGGGUCAGGCGGUACGGGGGCGUCCAGAAGGAGGUGGAGGCAGAAGAUAGGUACUUCGCUCGCUUCCUGAAGGUUUGCCGCGCUCUGCGAGGUCCGCUGGCCCCGGAGUAUGACGACAUGGACCCGCCCACGGGGGUGUCCGUGUGGGGGUGGGGGUGUGACUGGAUCCAUGGCAUCCUGCAUGCUGUACAGGACGCCUGUACCUGGAUGGUGGACAUGAUCACCGGAGGAGGACUCCGACCCACCCUUGACCCACCAGAUGACUUCCAGGUCGAUGACACCUCCCCGAAGGUGACCUACGCCCAGAUGGCGGGCCUGGACAGGGUCGACGGCCGAACCAAGGCCAUUGCAGCAGGGUUGAAGUCCUGUUACGUUCAGCUGGACGCCUGCGAACACCAGAUCGCUCCGGGAGAGACGCAGGACGGACUUUUCAACGGCGGGGACAGGGAGCUGUGGAACUGUGGGUGCAUGGCCAGCUUCUCUUCAUGCAUCCAGAAGUUGAACUACCCCCUGUCAGCGGAGGCGCGUCAGCAGUGGCACCGUCCGGAGCCGAGCUGCUACCAUCACGACCUGGAUCACGUGUGCAUCCUCAACCUGGGUCUGUUCUGCGCGCGGUGGGAGCUGCAGCCGGUCGCCAAGGAGCACGUCUUCGUCUCCGAGGGACGCUGAGGUGUAGUAACGCCUCAAUGAGAAUGUUAAACUUUUUCUUAAGAAGAUCCUUUGUGCGGUUGGAAAUUGGACAUUUGAGCAAACAAUAGAAAUGUCCGAUCCACGAGAAUUGUACCUUUACUCUAAAUAAUCUUUAAUUAUCGUUCACCCGGCUCCCAUCUCAUGUCUUAUUGCAAUACACAGAUCUUGUAGGAAGUGGUUUCAUCAACUGGGGGCGUACCUCUCUUGAUAAUAGGCAUCCCUGAAACACUCGUACUCUCCAAGCAGAGAUUAGGUUCUGUUGUUUUGAUUAUGUUUAUUCAUGCGUUUUUAUCGGGUUUUCUAUUUGUACU